AUGACAUUCGAGAAACACCAAGAAGAAAAAAAGGACUGGAAACUCAUGGCUCAUAUAUGGGAGGACGUUUCCUUUGUUAUCAGGAAAGGCCUCCACAAUGGAGGGCCAAAAAUAACCACGGACGAAUUUUGGCACUGGAUGCAAGUCACGAUAGACGUCAGACCGCCUUCACAAAUCGUCCACACGUUGGGUGGAGACUUGAUCUUGGACGAUAGUUUCUCUGGGAAGCUGUAUUCGAAAGGAGUCCAGGUAUCUUUACCUGACAACGAUGAACACAGGUUUCGCGCCAGCUACAACCUGGUAGACGGAUCAUUUACCAGAGAUCGACGGCAGAUUACUGGAUUCGAAGAACCUAAAGUUAUCGCUGACAUCUGGUCAAGCUCUAUUGGAAGGGGAGAUAGAAAUGUCCUCUCCGUUUACGUGAAUUUACUUCGACAUUUUCCAGUAGCAAGGGAUGUGAGGUCGGCUGAGCGGUUCGUGACUGAAACCACUGCAAAAAAAAUUUGGGCACUACUCCUGGAUGAGGCCAAAGAAAACUCAGCAUUCUACUAUACUGAAAUUCAAGAAGACCAGGCUUCUGAGGUAAUUCGAAAGGAACUCAAAAAAGAACCGUGUCGAAUUCCUACCUCCCUUUGGCAGCUUCUUCGAGAUCAUCACCUCAUCCUUACUCCCAACGAAGAGCUUCGGCGCUGUCUCGGUGAGUCGGAGAUCGCGAGUCUGCCACAGACGCAAUUCGCACAGGAGAUAGAUCGAGCACUGCGGGGAAUUUUUCUUGCGGAGCCAUUGACGGAGACAGUUCGUCUCGUUUAUGUUAGCUCCGACAACGAGAAAACAAGUAUCGCGUUUGCAAAAGACAGAAACAUUCUUUACAUUCAUGAGAAGUGGCUGGACCGCAAGCGCGCCCACUCUUCCAGUGGAUGUACUGCUGCGAUGAAUUUCCCCCUUAGUCACUCGGAGACAUUCUUUUGUGACCAUUUAGUUGAGGAGAUCUACCAGCGUGCCCUGGCACUCAUCCAGCCCUCUUUGGAGCCCAUGUCGCCCCAUUCGGAGGAGGACUUGCCUUACAAUAUAUUCCGCACUUGUCGCGAAAAACUAAGUGAGAUGCCUCGCGGCAUCCGUAUGGUUCCAAGCGGGAACAUGUUAUUCCACGUGUUUUGGAGUGACGGUUUCAGUCGGGCGUUUGCGGAGACUUUCGGUGCCUGUGUGGAAUAUAUUGUUAUUCUCCAUUAUACAUCUUGUUACCUGGAAUCGGACCGGCUUCUUUUCCGACAAGAUGAGCCUAGGUGCGAUUGUCCACGCAAGCACGUAUCCGAAGGCGACAACGAAGUUUUCUUUCAAGUGUCAGAUGAACAACCCCGUUUCCCUAUGGUCGCAAGGAAUAAAGAAAAUGCCCUUUUUGGACUUUCCCCACCUGCUACUACUCCAGUUAAGAUAGAUUCUGUCUCGCUGUCCACAAACGGAUGUUCCUCUUUGGUUAAACCGGAAAGUGAAGACCCCGUGACAGUGAAAAUCGAGGGUAGGACAGGCCCUGAAACGUCGAGCGCUUUGGAGAAUAGUAAGAAGCUCUUGAAUUGA